CGGGAGAGCCACACAGGCAGUGCCAUCCUGCUGGAGUCUGCGGUCCUCCCCCGACUCUGCGUGGCAGUGCGCAUCAUCUGUUAGAGUGCCCCCUCCCCUCCCUCCGCUUCCCCACCCCUUCUCCCUGUGCUAGCUCUUUCCCUGUUCAUGAGAUGCAAAGCCGGGAGAGAAGCGGAGCCAGCGGGAGCGGCUCAUUGCAGCAGCUCUGCUAGGGGCACUGAGGUGAGCUGGGCUGCCCCUCUGGCACCCUCUCCCAUGUCCCAGGAGGUGGCUGAUUCUGUCACUCAGAGCCUUGCCGAGCCAUGCCCACCUGGGGCCCACGCCAGCCACGCCUUCCCAGCUGCACUGUCUACCACCAGACAGAUGAUGCUGACGCUGCUGGUCCAAGGAUGACACUCUGAGAACUACUGCACUAGGGCAAACAGGAAGAGAAAGUCCUCCUCCUUGAACUGAAACAGGCCGUGUGAAGAUCCAUGUGGAGCUCCUUAACCCGCAGCUUCUCUGACCAUCCGGUUGGCAAAGACGCGCAGGCCAUGAGGACUGGUCAAAGACAGUGAGAGGACGUGAAAGGGUAUAUCCCUGUGCCCCGCAGUCUUAUCUCCCGCCCUGACGUCCCUGCAAACCAGCCAGAGGGUUAACCGUAAGCGGGUGCCUGUAUGGCCGCUUUACUGAUGCCACGCAGGAACAAAGGGAUGAGGACUCGACUGGGAUGCCUGUCGCACAAGUCAGACUCGUGUAGUGAUUUCACAGCUAUUCUUCCUGACAAACCCAACCGCGCUCUAAAGAGAUUAUCCACGGAAGAGGCUACGAGGUGGGCAGAUUCCUUUGAUGUGCUUCUGUCUCAUAAGUAUGGGGUGGCUGCAUUUCGCGCCUUCUUGAAGACAGAGUUCAGCGAGGAGAACCUGGAGUUCUGGUUGGCCUGCGAGGAGUUCAAGAAGACCAGGUCAACAGCAAAACUGGUCUCCAAGGCCCAUAGGAUCUUCGAGGAGUUUGUGGACGUGCAGGCUCCGAGGGAGGUAAACAUAGACUUCCAGACCCGAGAAGCCACAAGGAAGAACAUGCAAGAGCCAUCUCUGACUUGCUUUGACCAAGCCCAGGGAAAAGUACACAGCCUCAUGGAGAAAGACUCUUACCCCAGGUUCCUGAGGUCCAAAAUGUACUUAGAUUUACUGUCCCAAAACCAGAGGAGGCUCAGUUAGACCUCAGAUGGGGACUUCUGGAGAUCACCGGCCUUCCCCUCCCCUUUGCUGCCAAGACCAUAUUCUAACAUGAAGUGUCAUAGGUGUUCAAAAACAGUGGUGUUUAGGUUGGGAGGCUGGGGGCGAGGAAGGGAUGAAAGGCCAGUUCAAAGUAUGAUCUAGCCACAGAGCUUGGCCUCUACUCCAUUUACCAUGUUUGUGUUUUGGUUAGUGAUAGCACCUUGUGGCUGUCACCCCUCUCUGGGGCAGCAGCUUGCCUUCCAUAAUGCCUUGGGUCAUCUCCACUGAGAAGGCAGAUUCGCUAUGCUGGGCUAAUCUGUAAAUAAUGCAAAUGCAAUUUCCACCUCUUCCACUCCUUCCUCAGUUAGGAUUCCUGACUAGCUUGUCCUAUACCCCUGUGAGGAAUAGCUAGAGGACUCUGGCUUGUAUUUAUGACUGCUGUCACAAUGUAAUGGCCAGUCCCAGGUGCUGGGACCUCACAAUUUAGGAAAGAGGUCUCUGGAAUCCCAGGUUUCUGGCACUGUCAUUGACAGGUGGCUUCUGGGCAAGGGGGCAAACUCCAUGGAGUUGGCUGUUUCUUCCAUUUCCCUAGGACCAGUGUGAAAAGCUGUAACCACUGCCCAUCUUAGCCUAGGAAAUUCACAAGACUCCCAUACCCUUGCAGUUCCAGAAAGGAUCUUGGGAGAUGUCCUUCAUGAUUUCUGAUGGAGCUGCUGUUAAGAAAGAUACAGCUUGUAAAUCUUCCUCAAUUCUACCAAGAAGUUUUCCAGAAGUCAAAUGACCAGGGAAUGUAGUACCAGUAGACUUUUGUGCAAAGGGGCACCUUAUAACCUUUCUGUUGCUUAAUACAUUCUCUGCCCUCGCCUCCCUGUGGCAUCACACAUCCCUGAUCUCCUAAAAUGGCAAACACCUUGGCAAAGGGAGAUGAAUUCCCAUAGCAUGGACAGCUCUCAUGGUGCCUAACACUUUCCCUGUCUCUCCCCCUCCCCCCAGCCAUGCAGGUCAUGUAAUUAUGAUGGGGGAGAAUGGGAACUUAGGUUGUAACUCUCUUUCCAGCUUGCUUCCUGGGAGCAUGCUCUCUUAGAAACGUCCCUUUCAUGAGGGCCAUUUUGGCUACUCAGCAACUUCCUUCUUGAUCUCUGACCUUUUGGGAUUGAACAUGGAACAGAAGUGGGGCUAAGAAGAUCACUGUGAACACCUCGUUGUGGAGAACCUUCCUAAAACGCUUUCAUGGUAUCCUGGGUCUGCUCUCUGAGAGGCGUCAGGAAACUCCUCUUUGGAAGAUGAGUGAGAUGCACAGAACCUACUCUAGCUGCCCAGGAAAAAGCUGACUUUGGCACAGGCUGCAGUGCCAAGGAGAUGACUCUUCAGCAGAGAGACCAGAAAGUGGAAGAGGAGCCUGGAAGAGGCUGGCCUCCAGGUGGACUGAAUCACAGAGAACAUGGUGGAGGUAUUGUUGGAUAAUUCUCAGCUGAUAGAUCUGGAUUCACUGGAGAUCUGGAAAACUUUCAGCUUGACUAAGUGAACAGCCCAUGAUUAGGCAUAAGCUCUGGAGUGCAGGUGAUUGAGAAGUGGGCUGCAGCAUUCUCCUCUGGGGGCGAUGGGCCUUUUAUAUAUGUAGGGGUUCCAGUAUUAGCAUUCCCGUCCAGUAACUGCGUGAAUCUCUUCUUUCCUUGGUUACAGCUAGACAAGGCCAAGAAGGCUCUUGAGUCCCACUAGUGUUGGGGUCCACUUUCCUGCCAUGGCACACUGUAUCUAUGACUGAGGGUCCGUGUGUGUGUAUGAACCGUCAAGGAGAGAGAGAUCACGGGCCUCCUUAGCCCUCACACUGAAGAGACCAGUGCAAUUUCAUGUUCAAGAACUCUGAAGCCUCAGAUGGGUGUUCCUAGUUAGAUUGGGUAGUAGUCCCCUGCCCCGACUGGUAAAAAACCAUCCUUAGCUAAAGCUGCCAGAAUUAAUUUAAUGAUCAAAUUCUCGAACAGGGUAUUUUAAACAUUGUUUACACACGAAAUGUGCAUCUGCUGCCAACUCUACUGUCGAAUAUGAGGUGCAUAUAAAUUGGAACAGCACAGAGUGAUGGAAAUAUGAAAUGUUCUAAGAGGGGCCUUUUUACCACUUCCACUGUCCCCAGGAGAAAAGUCUGAACAAGAGUGUUGUGCAGUGGCCUCAUUUGGGGCCUAGAGUUCUUGCCAACCAUUGGUGGACUGAAGGCUGCAGAUGGUGGUGUCAUGGUGCCUGGUGACUUCCUCCCACGAUGGGGAGGUGUGAAGGACCAAGCCUGGGUAUCCUGAAUUUUGCCGUUAAGUGAGGGUAUGUGGGCGAAUGUCCGUGUGUAGAGGAAUGUGAUAGCUAUAUUUAUGGUACUCCUGUGAAGUGUCUGUGUGUGCGUAUAUGUGUGUGUGAGAGUUGUGAGCAUUAGACUAGCACACCACAGAGAUAAUCUUCCCCGGGGUGGAGCUUUCCUCACAUCCGUUGUGUCCUGCUUCCCACAAAAGGCACCGAGUUCCCCACUCUGGUGCCUACCUUCAGGCACUUUGGUCAUGCCAACCAGAUUUUGGUCUGUGAUGAAUCAAAGAGAAAUGUUUACAACAUCUAGAGCAAUAUCCAAGCAUACCUCAUCCCUCAUCUUCCACAUCUCUCAGUCCUGCCCUCUCUCCCAUUUCCUCUUCCACAAGCUCUCAUCCGCCUUGUUAGGUGGGCACCCGCAGGGGCCACUUCUUCCAUUUAACGUCUUCCUUUGCUCCUCGUGCCUGGCUUGCCUGUGGACUGCUUUCUGGGCUCCAGGCUUGCUUUGGGCGCGGGAACUUUGAAGGCCCAAGGCAAGCCAGGGCAGUGGGCAGGCAAAGCUGUGACUUAUAGGACUGCUUUCCACCCCGCAAGAGGCCUUUCAGCCCUACUUGAGCGUUAGCCUGUUUGGGGGCUGGUGCGAGAUUUCCUGUUGCCCUUGGCAAACCAAACAGAACACAAUCAAUGACAGCUAUUCACAGCCCCGGCAUCUCUGGGGUGAGGAAGGAUCCUCUGAGCAGGAUUUAUUAUUAAACUUGAGCAUGCCCAGGGAUCACAUGGAAACCCUGUUACACAUGCUAAUUCCCAAGUUCCACACCCAGAGAUGCUGAUCCAGCGGGACCCAGAAAUCUGCAUUUUUAAUAAGCUCCUGGGUGCAUAGUGCCCCAUGGAAUCGUACUUUGAAAAAAGAUGGCCUAAAACAGUGGCUCUCACCCAUGGCCGCUCAUUGGAAUCACCUGCGGGAGUUUUAAACGCCCCCCACCUCCCCCCCCAAAUGUCCAGGUCCCAGAACAACCUGGAGUUGAGACCCAAGGCAUCAGUUUUUAAAGCUCCCCAGGGGAUUCCAAUGUACAGAUGAGGGUGAGAAGCACAGGUGAGGCCUGAGGAGAGAGGAGGAACAGAGCUAAGCUGAAAACACAGAUGUGUGGGCCAAGAUGGCUGGAGCUGCCCAGAUGCAAACAGGCACAAGGACCAGGAACCUGCCAGCCCUGAGUUUGACUCUUGGGGUGGCUGCCCCUUGUCCUCCCAGUCUGACUUGCUCCUCUGAGAUACAAAUGUUUCUGCCCCAUGCAUUGUUAGACAGCAGGUAUGCCAGUAGUGGGGGCUGAAAGUGUACUUAGUUUAGAGAGGUCUGGCCAUCCCUCCUGGGUCUCGUUCACAGUGCUUCCUCCAAGUUGGACUCCUGGGCUGUUUCACCUGUGUGUUUGUUCUCAUAUACUCUUGUGUUUGGCCAUUUCAUGUUAGGCUGUGCCUCUGUGCCCAAGGCCAUGCAACAUGGUAGUUGGAACUCAGGUAGUGGAUGAAGGGUGUGUGGUCUUAAUAACAGUGGUAGCACAACUUCCAAAUUUCUUUUCUUUUCUUUUCCCUUUUUUAGUGAGGAAGAUUGGCCCUGAGCUAACAUCUGUGCCAAUCUUCCUCUAUUUUUUGUAUGUAGGAUACUAGGACACUGCCACAGCAUAGUUUGAUGAGUGGUGUGUAGGUCUGUUCCUGGGAUCUGAACCUGUGAAUCCCCGGCUGCCAAAGCGGAGUGUGUGAACUUAACUACUACACCACCGGGCUAGACCCCAUUCCAAAUUUGUUAAUGGAGGGUGUCCCAUCCUGGAACUAUCAAGCUCUCUGAGGCUUUCUUUUCCAAGGCCACAGCGGGGUUUCGGUUCCUGCUCUAGGUUCUCAUCAUUCCCUCUUUGGUCUCAGCUGGACGGACAGCUGGAAAGUUCCUAGUUGAUUUUACUCUCUGGUGCUCUCUCCAGAACUUGCUGCUCUGAAUCAACCAAAACUGUGAAACGGUGUUCUGCCCGGGCUGCAGGCCCAGCGUCUGGGGGCGCGCCCUGGGCGCUUCUCCUCGGCAGGGCUGGGGUGGCUGGGUACUCCUGGCCCUGGACUGUGAGGGAAAGGCAUGAACCCACUGUGCUGAGAAACAGGGGAGGGUGGGAAUGGGAAAGACCGAAGAGAAAGGAGCAGGGCAGGAAGACAAGUAGCUAAGGUGGUGUCGGGUUCUCCAUGAGCCAGAAAGGAGAGGUGGUAAGCGGCACGUUCACAGACAGGAUGGUCUCCCGUCAACAAGAGUGCCCAGAACUCUCCCUACCCUGUCUAUGCCCACUUCCAAGCAAGGCAGAGGAAUUAUGAUUUUCCAUCCAAGGCUGUCCUUCAACCGGCCAAGUGUCAGCCCCCUUUAAAUCUGCAUCCCUCCGGGUUAGAAGCAAGAGAGUGGCAUUGAGAGCCUGUGCCACUUGGCACGAGAUUGUGGAGGAAGAACCCAAGAGCAGAGAUGUCUUCCUGUCCCUGUGGCCUCUCAAGACUCCACAAGAUGCUGUGGACCAAGAUGGGAGACUGCAGCCUGGAGCCAUUGGCCUUCCCACGUUUGGGGCCCGGGUCCUCUCAAUAAACUGUUCCCUUUCUGAUUUUUACUCCCUUUGACCCUUCUGCUCCCUCCCUCUGCCAGGUAUGGAAAAGGUGGCUGGCUCAGCGUGCACUCAAACCACGGCGGCGUUAGCUGAGUCCUGUGGCGUGCACAACAGAUUUGUAGCAGCUCAUCUGCCAUAUAAACUGCUUGGCUGAUGGAGUCCUCAUUGAGUUGUUUCAUUACUGUGCAAAGUGGAAUCAUGUCAUUCACCUUUACUCCAAACAAGGCUGUGAGAACAUAAUAAACAGAACCUGGACACGC